UUAACCAUUGCUUUCCCUUUGUUUUCUUCAUAUUGAAAAAUUUGAGAUCAUUCAACCCUGUUUCGUUGCUUAUCAAACUACAAAUUAAUUCUGGGAACUACUGCUGUUAAUGUAAAUUUGAAUUCGCGCACUGCCGUCUGCGUCUUUACGAGUUUCGUCUGCUUUUUCACGUGUCACAGAGUCACACCAUUUUCGCUCGACGUUUGUAUUGACGCUAACGUUUUGGUUUUUUACUUCUGUCUGGCAUUUGUUAUUGAUUCUUAUUGGAUAAAUCUGAAAGUAUAUUCCCUGCAUAUCAAAUGGAGUGGAUAAAACAUAAAGACUUCCCUGAAGAAAUGACAGCCAACACUCAGAACCUUGACUCGGCUCUCUCAGAAAUGGAGGCAGUUGUCAAUGCAUUAACUUCUGUGCCAUUAAAUGAAGUUCAUUCAUGUUUGAAACCUAUAGAACGAUCCAAGUAUGACACCGCUUCUGUGUAUGCUGUGACUUCUCUGUUCUGGGCAUACAUGAAAACAAGAGGGGUUGACCCAAAAGCUAAUGGUUUACCAAGGGAGCUUGAGAGAGUAAAGAGUGCAAUUGGGCGAUCUAAGGAGAUUGUGGACAGAGCUCUGGCGCCUAAAGUUGAUAUCUCAGCAGCCAAGAGAUUCAUUCGUGGUGGUCUCUGGGAGCCUAAAGACAGUGAACAAAGAGAAGAUUUGAUGAUGCAGGAUCACCUGAACUGAAUAAUGCAGAAAAGUAGUCACCAAAAAUACAAAUCCCUGUAAUCUUCA